GCAGCGACGUGGGACCUGCAUUUAUUAGUUUUAUUAUUAUCAACUACAGCUCAGUCUAGUGCACUGCUGGCUUGGUGCUUCUGCUAUUGCGGCUGCUCGUCCAAAUUCCGAAUCCAAAGCUUCCCCACUCCCAUCCUUCCUUUUCCUCCUCUUCCUCGCCCACUUCCACAACGACUCUUGUCAAAGUCUUCCAGCAGCAGCUUUCCACAAUUAGGCAUGCACCGGGUUUUCCAUUCCCAUUGAUUUAUUGAUUUUUUUGGAAAAAAGGAUCGGUCCAAGAAAGCUCUGAAUAUCUUAUCUUGUUUUAGUUUAGUUUCUACCUUCUCGAGAAUAGGAGAAAUGGAUUACCGUAGCAGCAGAGGACGGGCGCUUCUGCGGGGUUUAAGUUUAGUUUGUUCAGUAGGAGUACUAUUCGUGAUUUUCUCGUCCGCCGCAGCCGAGCCCUUUCAAUGCAACUCCAGCGGCACUUGUGACGCCCUGGUUGAUUACGUGCUCCCCAACUCCACCACCCUCUCCCGCGUCCAGACCCUCUUCAACGUCAAGAACCUCACCUCCAUCCUGGGCGCCAAUAACCUCCCGCUCUCCACCCCUCCCCAACGAACUUUCCCCGCCAACCAGACUCUCAAGAUUCCUUUCGCCUGUAUCUGCACCAAGGGGGCCACCGGCAAGUCCAACAAGCUCCCCAUCUACACCGUGGUCCCCAACGACUUCCUCUACCACAUAGCGGCUGAGGUCUUCUCUGGGUUGGUCACUUCCCAGCAAAUCCAGGCUACCAAUAACAUCUCGAAUGCCAACCUGAUUUAUGCGGGCCAGAAGUUGUGGAUCCCACUGCCCUGCAGUUGUGACCAAGUGGACGGCCAGAUGGUGGUUCACUACGGCUAUGCGGUCCCAGCUAGGAGCAGCGUCGACGGAAUUGCCCAGCAGUACAAUACCACCGCCGAUGUUCUGUUGCGCCUCAACGGACUGGCCAGUCCUAAUGACCUCAAAGCCGGUGCUAUUCUCGAUGUUCCUCUUAAAGCCUGUGCCUCUAUGGUAAGCAAUACAUCGCUGGACUAUCCUUUACUUGUUCCUAAUGGAACUUAUACCUUGACUGCUACCAAUUGUGUAAAGUGUAACUGUGAUGCUGCGAACAACUGGACGUUAAACUGCGAGCCAUCCCAAAUUAAAUCAUCCGUUUGGUCUUCCUGCCCUAGCAUGCAGUGCCAAGGUACAGACAAUCUGUACCUUGGCAAUACAACAUCUUCAAGUUGCAGUCGCUCGACCUGUGCCUAUGCUGGUUACUACAACAACCGUACCAUUUCCACAACCACAGCCUUGGACUCAACUUGCCCUGCAUCUAAUAAUAACUCUUCAGCGAUGAGCAUGCAAGGCAGUUGGAAGAGGAACCUGUGGUUGUUUGUUCUUGUCCAGGUGCUGGUACUUUGUGUCUGGAUUUAGCAGUGAGCAAAGAAGAAAAUUAUGCUCUUGUACACGAUCCACGCGGAAAUGUAAUUGAUUCCAUGGGAGGAAUACUGCUAAUAAAUGUUAUGGUAGGGAGGUAGAUGAUGAUUUGAUAAGGUGGGGUGGGUCGGUGGCAAGCAUUUGAUCCUCCUCGUACUACUUUAUAAUAAAAAAAAAGUCGAGGACUGUGAUUCUUUGUUGUUGCCAUUUGCCACAAUACAAUUCAAUACUCUUAAAAUGUCCCUCUGCUUUAUAUUUUGUGUCAUUUAACUCUUUGAAAGACAAAAAUGUCCCUCUACUGUGAUA